GGCGCCCCCCAGGCACCCACACCCCGGCACCCCCGGGGACCGCUCCGGGAGGCGGCAGCAGCGCCUCCAGCUCCACCAUGACGCGCCCCAAGCGCUCCAGACGGCCCGGCGCGGGCGGCAGCGAAAAUGUGGGCACCAGCCAGGCCACCAGGCCCCUCUGCACUUUUCCAGAAAGGCCUGAAGCCAGUCUUGCAGAUGGGUUGGAGUAGACAUUGGAUGGCAGAACUCUAGGCUCUGCAGGGCACUGGAGUGCUGAGGGCAGAGAGUCUCAGCCAUGGCUUAUCUGGAGAAGCCCGAGGGCUGCUCACACCUGUUGACCAUUGAUUGGAGGGAAAGCUCACUGAGGUGAGGAAAUGCAGCCACCAAGUCUUGCACAACCUGAAACCUUCAAGCCCCCAGAAGAAUCUCCAAAUCUCAGAACCUCCCUGUCAUUGCAGCCUAGAAUUUAAAACAUGAGACCAUUGUGCUCAAGGAAACAUGGGGGUUUCAAACUCCACCACCGAUGGGACACAGGGCCCCUAUUCACCAGCUCUGUGAUCCCAGGCACAUUGCCGGACUACCUCAUGUCUCCGUUUUCCCGAUAUGUAUAACCGCCGUGAUGACAGAUGGAUCUCCAAGGGCUGUGGUGAGGAUUAAACAUGAUUAGUUGUGAGAAGUGUUCAGUGCUGUGCCUGGCACAUGGAAAAUCUGAGAUAACUGUCAGCUAUGGGGAUGAUGGUGGAUAUUUGGAAUACUAAAUCCUUAGAAACUGGGAUUUGUCAGAGUAGAAAAUUACAAAGGCUGAGGGCCUCAGAAGCAUCAGAACAUGAUGUACCUGACCAUGAGAAGUUUGGUAUCCCAACGGGCCUCUCCAGGCUUUGCGAGGAUGGAUACAUUAAUACUGGGGCCUGGUUGGGACCUUCCUGGUAGGGUAGCCUCUGGGUCAGAGUUCUCAGGCCAUGAGAUAUAAUGAGGCAAGACUUUUCUCCCUUUCCUCAUUCAAUGAUGUUCAGUGGAUUCUGGGAGUGAUUCCCAGACUCUUGGAUUCUGUGAAUUGUGCGGGGGUAGGGAGGGACUCCCUGCAUUUUUUCUCGGUAAAUUAACUUAUAUGCCCCUCAACCUCAGAAGAUGGGUUGCAAGAAUGUCCAGAGCUCCUCAUCCUUGGGCAGUAAGAGCGUGAUGACCAUGUCAGUUCCACUUAAGGGUAAACAGGCCUGGACAGAGCAAGGCCUCUGGAAAUGCAACCCUAUUUCAUUUAUUUCCCUGGCAUUUCCCAUCCAUGCAUAGCCUGUAGUUCGUCUCUCCCUUUCCUCAGAGACCCUCACAUAUGCCUUCACUCAUGGGGUGGCAUCUCUACUUGCCUGAGAAGCCCCUGUGAUUUAUUUGAGUUCUUUUCCCUUUUUUUCUAACUCUACACAAUUGUUUUAAAAACUGUGGUUUCUCAUGAGCCUUGUUAUCUCAUUGAUACCUCUCACCUCUGUAGUGAGGGGAAGAAAUCAUAUUUUCAGAUGACUCGUAAAGGGCAAAGAAAAAACCCAAAAUUUCAAAAUUUCCGUUUAAGUCUCAUAAUCAAGAAGAGAAGAAACAGAGCAAGCGAGUGAGAGAGAGAGAGAGAAGAAAAAAACUAUGAGAACCCCCCCCACCCCGUGAUUAUCAGCAUACACACUCAUCAAAAAAAAAAUUGGAUUAUUAGAAGAGAGAGGUCUGUGGCUUCCACACCGUGGUUUUUCUUCUCGGUAUAAAAGCAAAGUUGUUUUUGAUAUGUGACAGUUUCCCACAAGCCAAGCUGAUCCUUUUCUGUCAGUCCAGUUCACCAAGCCUGCCCUUGAACAAGGACCCAAUGCCCAACCCCAGGCCAGCCAAGCCCUUGGCCCCUUCCUUGGUACUCAGCCCAUCCCCAGGAGCCUCGCCCAGCUGGAGGGCUGCACCCAAGGCCUCAGACCAGCUGGGCACCAAGAGCCCAGGGACAACUUUCCAAGGCCGGGAUCUCCGAAGCGGGGCCCACACCUCCUCUUCCUCCUUGAACCCCAUGCCACCAUCACAGCUGCAGAUGCCCACAGUACCCCUUGUCAUGGUGGCACCCUCCGGAGCUCGGCUGGGUCCCUCGCCCCACUUGCAGGCGCUCCUCCAGGACAGGCCACACUUCGUGCACCAGCUCUCAACGGUGGAUGCCCAUGCCCGGACCCCUGUGCUGCAGGUGCGCCCACUGGACAGCCCAGCUAUGAUCAGCCUCCCGCCACCCACUGCUGCUACGGGGCUCUUCUCUCUCAAGGCCCGGCCCGGCCUGCCACCUGGAAUCAACGUGGCCAGCCUGGAGUGGGUUUCCAGGGAGCCAGCACUGCUCUGCACCUUCCCAAGCCCCGGCAUGCCUAGGAAAGACAGCACCCUUUCGACUGUGCCCCAGGGCUCCUACUCACUGCUAGCAAAUGGCGUCUGCAAGUGGCCCGGAUGUGAGAAGGUCUUCAAGGAGCCAGAAGACUUCCUCAAGCACUGCCAGGCAGACCAUCUCCUGGAUGAGAAGGGCAGGGCGCAGUGUCUGCUCCAGAGGGAGGUGGUGCAAUCUCUGGAGCAACAGCUGGUGCUGGAGAAGGAGAAGCUGGGUGCUAUGCAGGCCCAUCUGGCCGGGAAGAUGGCCCAAACCAAGGCUCCAUCUGCGGCAUCAUCUGACAAGGGCUCCUGCUGUAUCGUAGCCACUGGCACCCCAGGCACCACCGUCCCGGCCUGGCCAGGACCCCAGGAGGCCCCUGAUGGCCUGUUUGCCGUGCGGAGGCACCUCUGGGGCAGCCAUGGAAACAGCACAUUCCCAGAGUUCUUCCACAACAUGGAUUACUUCAAGUUCCACAACAUGCGGCCCCCUUUCACCUAUGCCACCCUCAUCCGCUGGGCUAUCCUGGAGGCUCCUGAGAAGCAGCGGACACUCAACGAGAUCUAUCACUGGUUUACACGCAUGUUUGCCUUCUUCAGAAACCACCCAGCCACCUGGAAGAAUGCCAUCCGCCACAACCUGAGCCUGCACAAGUGUUUCGUACGUGUGGAGAGCGAGAAGGGGGCUGUGUGGACCGUGGAUGAGUUUGAGUUCCGCAAGAAGAGGAGCCAGAGGCCCAGCAGGUGUUCCAACCCCACACCUGGCCCCUGAUCUCAGAGCCAAGAAGAGAAGGGAGGACAGGGGAGGGGGUCGAAGUGGCUGGGGGCAGGGGUGACCAGCCCUGCACAUGCCCGCAGGGACCAAGAAGUAAGGUGUGUACUGUCCUGCCAGUCAGGGACCCCACUCCCCAGCUGACCGCCCUCUUGGAUCACAUGCUCUGCACCAAGGAUGCUCAGAGGGACCCCAGGCCCAGCCCUGCACCCACUCCCCAGCCCCCUGCGACGGGCUCUUCAGCCAAACUGGGACUUCACAAACAGUCACACACACAGCCUGCCUCAGUCACUCUCACAGAUGACCUUGGAGCUGGAGAAGGACACAUAAAGAGUCACAAUCCUGUCCCCUGGACUCAAUACAAACCCCCAAAACAUGAAGAGCCUGCCUCAGUACACUCACACCACCUCAGGUUUGCAGUCACACAGUCACACCCACACACAGUCAACCCACGUCC